GCUUCCGUAACGAAGGACGAGCGCAGGAUUCCAAACAGGAUAAUCCUAUGGAAUUUCAGUUUUAUUAAAAAUAUAUUUUUUCCAUUUACACUAUUAAAUCUGCCCCGGGCCAUGGCCGCUCAGAAAAUAAAUGAAGCUCAUGAGCAUAUCGCUAAAGCUGAAAAAUGUUUAAAAACAAGUUUAACAAAGUGGAAGCCUGACUAUGACAGCGCUGCAUCAGAAUACGCAAAAGCAGCCGUGGCUUUCAAAAACGCCAAACAGUUUGAACAGGCUAAGGAUGCCUACCUGAAGGAAGCCGAAUACCACACGGAAAAUAAAGCUUUAUUCCAUGCUGCUAAGGCACUUGAACAAGCCGGUAUGAUGAUGAAGGAUAUGAAGCGCAUGCCAGAAGCUGUGCAGUACAUUGAGAAAGCCAGUAUGAUGUAUGUGGAGAAUGGAACCCCAGACACCGCAGCAAUGGCACUGGACCGGGCUGGGAAGCUCGUAGAACCAAUGGAUGUUGCAAAAGCUGUGGAUCUCUACCAGAAGGCAGCUUCUGUGUUUGAGAAUGAGGACCGUCUGCGACAGGCUGCUGAGCUCUUGGGGAAAGCCUCAAGACUUCUGGUCAGACUACGCAGACUCGAUGAGGCUGCUGUUUCCAUUCAGAAGGAGAAGAAUAUGUACAAAGAGAUGGAGAACUACCCAACAUGCUUCAAGAAAACAAUUGCACAGGUGCUGGUCCAUCUUCACAGAAGUGACUUUGUUGCUGCAGAUAAGUGUGUCAGAGAGAGCUACAGCAUCCCAGGGUUCAGUGGGAGUGAGGACUGUAUAGCUAUGGAGCAGUUAUUGCAGGGUUACGAUCAACAAGAUGAGGACCAAGCUUAUCGCGUCUGUAACUCCCCUUUACUGAAGUACAUGGACAAUGAUUAUGCCAAGCUGGCUAUCAGUCUCAGAGUCCCUGGAGGCGGAAAGAAGAAGAAAUCCCCCACCGCUCCUCAAGGGGGUGCUGGAGGUGCAAAAGCCACUGAAGACGAUGACGACUAUGAGGGGGGUCUGUGUUAACCACGGAACAGAAUUCCCAAAAUGUCAGUCGCACAGUACCCUUCCUGUAAGGGACAGAGCUAGAUACGUCCCCUCCCAGUUAGGGCUCCUUAGUUCCUUUCCCAUAGAAAACAGUAUAUGUCCCGCUAUCUGUACAGUAUUAGGCAUUAUUGUAUUGUUAUUUAUUUGAUCAGUCACAAAUUAUUUUGGAGAAAAUAGUCUAUACAUAUGUGUAAUAUAUGGGAGUUAUUUAUUCAUAGUAUUAUCAGGGGAGUUUGAAGAGUCCCUUUAACCUUGUGUGGGCAAACUCUGUUUGUCUACCUCAGGAUUGCUGUCCACCUGGUGGGAAGCACAUACAGACAGGCUGAUGUUAGUCAAUCACACAAAACCCUGAUCUAGGGAGCAGUGCAAUGAGACUUUUAACAGGUCCUAAAAUGUUUCUUUUUUUUAGCCUCACCCUCUAAAAUAGGAACUCCAACUGGUGUUCGAUUCUGUUGACAAGGACCACCCAAUCCUAGAUAUGAUGCAUCCCACUAGAUCUUGCGAGUAAUUUGCACAAGUUGGUAUAUUUAGCCAUGAUGUGAUAAUAAUAAUAUGAAGUACUUUAUGGCAACAUAAGUGUUGUGGAAAGGCAUGAGGGCUACAGCAUGGCAACUACAGGAAAAACAUCCCUCUAGUGAAAGCUCAGCAAAAAAGCAUUUCCCUCUUUAAAUUGUUUUUAAGCCACUUAUUUUAUAUGUGGGUUGUUUGCUGAAACAUUCCACACUGAGUUUGUACAUAGUAAACUGACUGUCAGUUAAAAUCACUGUAACUGUUUAGUAUAUUUGUAGCAGUAAGUAACAGGAGUUUGUCUGGUGUCAUUGUACAUGGAUAAAGGCUAAGUGGACAUUCCUGAUUUGCCACCCCUGAUUUGUGAGAAUAUAGGCUAAUACAUCCUAAGCACUGUACUGUAACACUGUCCUUGUUGAAUUGCUGUUGUAAGUAGCCACAGAUUACAUUGUCUUAACUUGUGUCUUCCAAAAAAUGUGAUGUGUCAGUACGUUAGAAAAGAAACAAUUGUUAAAUUGCUGCUGAAAAUAAAACUGAACUGUAGGACAAA